CCUCGGUCGCGCCUCAUGGUGCCGCCGCUCCUCCACCUCCGCAUCCACCCCCAUCCUCACUGCCUCCUCCUCCCCCGCACCCGCCGCGCCGCCCCCAUCCGCCCCAGCCUCAAACCCCUCUGCUCCUCCUCCUCCUCAUCGGAUUCUCCAGCGCGGACCCGGCCUCCCCUCCACGGCCCCUCGCUCCGCCGCGGCCGCGCCCUGCCGGACCACCGGGACCCCUUCGCCCGCGCCUUCGACCUCGCCGCGCUCCGCGUCCCAGCCCCCGCAUGCGCGCCCCUCGAGCGCCGCCUCCGGGGCCACCUCCUCAACUGGCCUCGCGUCCGCAACGUCGCCCGCCUGCCCAACGACCAGGGCCUCCUCGCCCUCGGGCUCGCCCCGCCGUCUCCUGCCCCGCGCGACCCCGCCCCGCCGGCCACUGCGGUGGCGCGGCGGGAGAAGCUGGCCCGCGAGUUCAACGCCCGGGGCUUCCUGCGGUUCCCCAACCUCGCCCGCCUCUCGCGGCCCACUCCCGCCGCGCGGAGGAGGAGGGGGAGGAAGGGAGACGAUGGCGACGAGGAGGCGACGCGGAAGCGCGACAGAGACAAGGCGUAUGUGGUAGAGGUGGUCGGGGAGCGAACGGAGGACGACGACGACGACGAGUGGAAGGGGCUAGUCGGGGAGGAGGGCUUCGGGAGAGGCGCGUGGCGGAUGGGCCCCACUCGGCUGCUGCUGCUGGACGAGAGCUACGCGGAGAGGAAGGUCGAUGACCUGCCGGAGGCUGUCAAGGAUGUGUUAGACCAUGAAACUCAACAGGAUGGAUCAUCUGCUUAUGAGCUUAUAUGCUGUCAGCUAACCUUGUUCUAUAACUACUGGCCAAUGAAUGAGGUUUUAGAGGCAUUACUCCCUGAAGGCAUAAUAAUUCCUACAGGUUUUGAAACAGUAGGGCACAUUGCACACUUGAACUUGCGGGAUGAGCAUCUACCUUACAAGAAACUUAUCGCUCAGGUGGUUCUGGACAAAAACAAGCCAAAAAUCCAAACUGUUGUCAACAAGACGGAUGCUAUUCAAAAUGACCAUAGAACUAUGCAGCUUGAAGUCUUAGCUGGUAAUGAUUCCCUUCAUACAAUGGUCAUUGAGAGCGGCCUCCGUUUUCAAGUUGAUCUGGGUGCAGUCUAUUGGAAUUCUAGAUUAGCCACAGGGAGGCAGAGGCUCGUCAAUGAUAUCUUUAGAGACUCUGAUGUUGUUUGUGAUAUGUUCUCUGGGGUUGGUCCCCUAGCAAUUUCAGCUGCAAAAAAGGUCAAAUAUGUCUAUGCAAAUGACAUAAACCCUACUGCAGUGGAAUACCUCGAGAGAAACAUGGUUCUUAACAAACUCGAAAGGAAAAUAGAGGUUUUUAACAUGGAUGCUAGAAGGUUUGUCAGUUCAAUAUAUUCAAGCCAGCAUGUGCAUCCGGUCACACAAAUAGUAAUGAAUUUGCCCAAUGACGCUGCAGAAUUUUUAGAUGUGUUUAGAGGGAUCUUACGGAAUAGUCAAUCAGGACUGUGUUUUGUCAUGCCGAUGAUCCAUGUUUAUGGAUUUUCCAAAGCAGAGGAUCCUGAACAUGACUUCAAUGAGAGGAUAAAUGUAGCAUUGGGGGAGAACGUCGACAGUGUUCAAAUGCACAGGGUACGGCUUGUUGCACCUGGGAAAUGGAUGAUAUGUGCAUCAUUUACUCUUCCAGAAUCAGUUGCAAUCGCACAGCCAAAUUACAUUAGCUGUUGAAUUUUUUACUCUUCUUACCUCCUCUCGUUGUAUUAUGUCCGCAAAUUCUUUUUUAGAUGGUGUGUACAUCAUUUGACUACAUGGGACAUGAAGAGAGCGUUGGACUGAAUUGUGAAUUUAGGCCACUGAACUACUGGCCGGACGGCCUGAUGAAGGUGUCCUUUCGUCGUCA